GUCGAGAGUGUAAGGUGCAUUCGUACAACAGUUUUGAAAUAAUGCGUUUUUUUGAAAAAACUAGCAAGUUUUGUGACUGAAAUAAAGUUGUGAAUAUGUUUUGUUAAUGAUUUUACUGUACAGUUUUGUGUAUGAAAAUCUAUUAUACCCGGGUAUUAAGUGUCAAUGCACUUUUGUGUGAAAGUACACUAGCUUUUAUAGCCUAGAUUACAAUGAAGCCACCUAUACAGUAAACCCAAUCAACAUAUCUAAACUAACAUGGUCUACUUUACAAAAAAUGACCAAAAGAUACUCUCUCAUGCCUGAGAGUACUAAAUACUUCCUCUGCCAAUUUUUAUUAUUUUCCUUUAUUUUUCAAAUUGCCACAACCUAUCUUUUGCUCCUAGAAGAUACUACUAUACCAGGACAUGUGAUCUUUAAUGCUAGUAUCUACCGUUUGGGAUCGGAUAGGUCAUACAAGUUAAAUGAAAGGAGAUCCGCUCCGUUUGUUUAUUCAUUAGUCCAAGUUCAUCCCAAAACAGGCCAAAUUUUUCUAUUGCAAAAAUUGGAUUGCGACGGAAUUUAUUAUCCGAAUUUUUUUACCAUACAUAUUGAUUCAACUUCUAAUAGACUGAAAGACAUUGAUUAUUAUAGUUUACCAUUAAGGAUAUUUAUAGUUGGAAGGCAAUGCACUGAUCACAGAGAGGAGGAGUAUUUUGAUGAGGCGACUAGAGAUAGAAGAAGUUUAGAAUCUCUAGAAAUCCUUAAGAAACAGAAACGAAGUUUAACUACCAGUCAUUUACUUCCCUAUCCCAAUCCAUAUUCUCAUUUAAAUCCUUCCAUCAAAGAAAAAAUCAACGAGGCUCGACAAUGGGUAUCGGAGACAUACGCUUCUUUUGCUAUACCAACCGGAGGAAAAUGGCAAAAGAUCUGCCUAAGGCAGAGCCAGUACAUAAACUCCAUUACAGCUUUUCUUCCCAGUACUAUCAGUACUUAUUGUACAGUACAGUUCCACUAUGUUAACGAUGACAGAUUUGAAAUCGAGAGGAGUCAAGGCGAUUUGGUUGCUAGUAGGGAUGUGUGUAUUGUGGAGCCCUUAUGGAAGGUAACAAUUUUAUUCUCAGCAAUAUGCCAAAACAUAUCAGUUCUAAACUCGGAACAUCGACUGAAAAUAGUAUACCACCAUCAACAAUUCAACGAUACCGAUAUAGCCAAAAGAGUACGAAGAGAACUACGAAAUCAAUCGCCAUUUUUCGAACAACAUUUAUACGUCGCUAGUGUCUUAGAAGAAUGCGAUCCUCCUGUAAUUGUAACAACUGUUAAAGCUAGAGACCCUGAGAAUAGUCCUAUUACUUAUUCCAUGACCAGCCUACUAGAUUCCAGGACUCAAGCUAUGUUUGAUAUAGAUCAAAAAACGGGAGUUGUAGCCACUAAAGUACAAUUAGAUCGGGAGUUAGUAGACGUUCAUUAUUUUCGAGUGACAGCUAUGGAUGACAGCUUCCCACCAAGAUCUGGGACUACCAUGUUACAAAUCAACGUUCUCGAUGGCAAUGAUCAUUCUCCCUCUUUUGAAAUGAUAGAAUAUGACGCUAGUAUAAGAGAAAGUGUUAAUGUUGGAACUACUGUUAUAACUUUAAAAGCUACUGAUCAAGAUAUAGGCAAAAAUGCAGAAGUUGAGUACUCCAUUAAAUCAAUAAGUGGAGGAGGAAAUUCACCUGAAGGGGAUGACAACAACGCAUUUAAAAUCGAUUCUAAAACAGGCGUCAUAACUACUAGAACACUGUUAGAUCGAGAAACCACAGAAGUUUAUACUUUAAUUAUUCAAGCAUCAGAUUUGGCAUCACCGCAAAGCGCUAGAAGAACUUCAACUGCAAGUGUUGUUAUACACAUUUUGGACGACAAUGAUAAUUACCCUCAGUUUUCAGAAAGGACAUACACAGUGUCGUUGAAUGAAGAUAUUAAUUAUAAUGAUAAUCCUGUUAUAGCACAUAUCAAAGCUGCUGAUGCAGAUCAAGGAGCAAACGCUGCAAUAAGGUAUGCAAUAAUAAGUGGAAAUACUCAAUCUCAGUUCGCCAUAGACAGUUUAACAGGUGACGUAGCCCUUGUCAAGCCUCUGGACUACGAAACAAUCCGUAACUACCGAUUGGUCAUAAGGGCACAAGAUGGUGGAAGUCCUGCUAGAUCCAACACCACUCAACUAUUAAUAAAUGUUAAAGAUAUCAACGACAAUACGCCUAGGUUUUAUACUUCACUCUUUCAAGAAAGUGUCUUAGAAAACGUUCCUGUAGGUUAUAGUAUUGUUAAGGUACAGGCCUAUGAUGCUGAUGAAGGCCUUAACGCUGAUAUUAAGUAUACGAUUUCAAGUAGGGACGCUACAGGUGGCAGUACAGAAGACUUGCCUUUAGCCGUUGAUUCUCAUUCAGGAUGGAUUUAUACGACCAGAGAUUUGGAUAGAGAACAUCAACCUAAAUACAUGUUUCAAGUUAUAGCCACAGAUCAGGGUGUACCACCACUAUCAGCAAGUGCUAGUGUGAUUAUUGCAGUACAAGAUGUAAAUGACAAUGAUCCCGUUUUUGAACCAAAGAUUUAUGAAUCUGUAAUUGCAGAAGAUGAUCCACCAGGUACACCUGUAGCUACAGUUACCGCAACAGAUCCAGAUGAAGAUAGCAGACUACACUAUGAAAUAACAAAUGGUAACACCCGAGGAAGAUACGCUAUAACCUCACAAAAUGGCCGCGGUCUAAUCACAAUAGCACAACCUCUGGACUAUAAACAAGAAAAACGAUACAUCCUUACAAUUACAGCUUCAGAUUCUGGUGGACGCACUGAUACAGCAACAGUUUAUGUUAAUAUAACUGACGCUAAUAAUUAUGCACCGGUUUUUGAAAAUGCGCCAUAUUCAGCUAGUGUAUUCGAAGAUGUAGUAGUUGGUACUACUGUUUUAGUAGUUUCAGCUACCGAUAACGAUGUUGGCCUAAAUGCUCAAAUAUCUUAUUUCUUAGGGGACGAACUUAACGAUGUAGGAAAAGAUCCCUCCUUCUCGAUAAACCGACAAACUGGAGCAAUUGUCACCACUAAGCCGUUAGAUAGAGAAACCAAUUCCGGAUAUUUAUUGACAGUUACAGCAAAAGAUGGUGGUUCUCCUCCUUUAUCAGACACAACAGAUGUAGAAAUUACAGUUACAGAUGUCAAUGAUAAUUAUCCAGUGUUCAAACAAGUUGCUUAUUCGGGAAGUGUGCCUGAAGACGCCUUAGUAGGCACUUCGGUAGUACAAGUAACUGCUACCGAUGCAGAUGUAGGGCUAAAUGGAAAAAUACAUUAUUCUCUAAGUGAGAAAGACCAAGAAGACGGUUCAUUUGUUAUAGAUCCUACCAGUGGCGUUAUUAGAACAAACAAAGGUUUAGACAGAGAGUCGGUGGCUCUUUACGAAUUGGAAGCUUACGCUAUAGAUAAGGGAUCCCCAACACUUAGCAGCUCUGUACCAGUUACUAUCAGAAUAGAUGAUGUAAAUGAUUCUCCUCCAGCUUUUGAUUCAGAUAAAAUUGUUUUAUAUAUUCCCGAGAACAGUCCUAUAGGAUCUACUGUGGGAGACAUUUUUGCUAAAGAUCCAGAUGAAGGCGUAAAUGCUAUAGUACAAUACUCAAUCAUAGGAGGUGAAGAUGCCCAAAGUUUUUCAUUAAUAACUAGACCAGGAUCUGAAAAAGCUGAACUUUUAACAAUGAUAGAGCUUGAUUAUGAAAGUGCUAAGAAGAAAUACGAUUUAAUAAUUAGAGCAGCUAGUCCACCUUUAAGAAGUGAUGCUCAUGUUGAAAUUGUGGUUACAGAUGUCAACGAUAAUGCUCCUGUUCUCAAAGAUUUUCAAGUUGUGUUUAACAAUUUUAGGGACUUUUUUCCUACAGGAUCUAUAGGAAGAAUACCAGCUUACGAUGCAGAUGUUUCUGAUAAGUUACAUUACAGGAUUUUGUCUGGUAAUAACGCAAAUUUAGUAGCACUCAAUGAAAGUACAGGGCAGCUGCAAUUAUCACCGCAACUAAACACUAAUGUACCUAAAAUAGCUUCAAUGGAAGUAUCUGUAUCUGAUGGCAUAAAUGUAGUAAAGAAAGUUAUGUCUCUUACUGUCAGACUUAUAACGGAAGAAAUGCUGCUUAACUCGAUAACUGUUAGAUUGAAUCAAAUGACUAAAGAAGCAUUCCUUUCUCCGCUUUUAGGAUAUUUUACUGAUGGUCUGGCAGCAAUAAUCCCUUGUCCAAAAGAAAAUAUUUUCAUCUUCAGUGUUCAAGAUGAUACAGAUGUAACAUCGAAGAUCCUUAAUGUGAGCUUUUCGGUACGAAGGCCGGAUAUACCCCGAGAAGACUAUUAUAGUCCACAAUUUCUCCAAGAAAAAGUUUACCUUAACAGAGGUAUUCUGGCAAGAUUAGCCACAGUUCAAAUUUUACCAUUUGAUGACAAUUUAUGCGUUAGAGAACCUUGUUUAAAUUACGAAGAAUGUUUGACAAUUUUAAAAUUCGGUAAUGCUUCUGGUUUCAUUUCAAGUGAUACAGUGUUGUUUAGACCAAUUUACCCAGUAACUACUUUCACUUGCCAGUGUUCAAAAGGUUUUACAGGAUCCAAAGAGCAUUAUUUGUGUGAUACUGAGGUUAAUCUUUGUUAUUCGUCACCCUGUAAAAAUAAUGGCACCUGUAAAAUCAGAGAAGGAGGAUAUACUUGUGUUUGUCCUUUAGAAUUUUCUGGAGAUAAUUGUGAAACCAAACUGGACAGUAAUAAAUGCAAACCUGUUUCAUGUUUAAAAGAUAAAACAUGCAGUCCUAAACCUGGAAGAUCUAACUUUAUCUGCGAAGAUUGCAAUAUCAUAGCAGAAUUGGAACAUUAUACCCCACUAUGUCAGCUAAAAAGUCGUAGUUUCACUAGAACAUCGUUUCUGACUUUUCCCAGUUUGAAACAGAGACACCGGUUACAUUUGAGUUUGAAAUUUGCCACACAGCAGCCAAAUGGACUCUUAUUAUACAAUGGAAGAUACAACGAACAACAUGAUUUUGUAGCAUUAGAGAUUAUACGUGGUACUGUUCAAUUUGCUUUCUCUUUAGGCAGCCAAGUUACUAAGGUUUCAGCUUCAAUACCAGGCAGUGUAUCUGAUGGUAAAUGGCAUACGGUUCAUGUCACAUACUUUAAUAAAACAGCUACAAUAUCUCUAGAUGAUUGUGAUAUAGCCAUAGCCUUAAAACAUGGAUUAGAUUUAGGAGGUAAAUGGAAUUGCGCUGGAUAUGUUGAACAUCAGCUAGAACCACGCUGUGCAUCUUUAACAGAAACCUGCCACAGAUUUUUAGAUUUAACCGGACCUUUACAACUUGGUGGUGUACCAGCAGAAUCAACAGUUUUUCAGAUACAACAGUUUCACUAUGAGGGUUGCAUAUCUGAUCUAGAAAUUGAUUAUAAGUUCGUAGAUUUGAACUCUUUUAUGACUGAUAAUGGCACAACGCCGGGCUGCCCAGAAAAAAGAUCUUUUUGUUCAUCAAGACCAUGUAAAAAUGGAGGGAAAUGUGUGGAUAGCUGGGCUAUGUAUCAAUGUGAGUGUCCUCAAGGUUUUGGUAGUAAAGAUUGUUCAGAAACUAUUAGUACGCCUUGGCAUUUUUCUGGAGAUGGUACUUUAUCUUUUAAUCCAUUGCUUCGUCCCAUACAAUUACCUUGGUUAAAUGCAUUAUCGGUUAGAACUUUACAAGAAGACACUUUCCUAAUGUCUAUACAAGUUGGACAAAAUAGUUCAGCGGUGGUUUCUUUGAAUAAAGGACUUCUCCUAUACUCGUAUAAUGGCGAAGCUUUGUAUUUACCAACUAAGUAUGUAUCUGAUGGAGAGUGGCACCAUUUAGAAGUAACAUGGAUAGGUACAGAAAUCAAACUUUCAAUAGAUUAUGGAGAAAGUAUUAUUACUUUACCUUUUUCUGAAAAAAUUCAAGGAUUAUAUGUUGGAAAAAUUCUCAUUGGUGGACCUGAUAAUACUUAUACAAGUCUCAACGCUGGUUAUAACUAUUUAGAAGGCUGUAUUCAAGAUGUAAGAAUAGGUAAUCAUCAAACAUUGCUAAGUAGGCCUACAGUUAGAGAUAACGUCGAAGAUGGCUGCUAUUCUAUUACCGAAUGUAAUAGUGAAUGUCCUGCUUCUUCAAAAUGUAUUGUUCAAUGGGGGAGGUCUUUCUGUGAGUGUAACUCAGGGCAUAUAGGUCCUCUUUGUGUACCGGUUUGUUCAGAAGAUCCUUGUGAUAAUGGAGGUCUAUGCCUCGAAGACUUGAAGGAAUCAAAAAGUUACAAAUGUGAAUGUAAUUCCACCAAUUACUCCGGUGAAUAUUGUGAAAACGAGCAAACUCAACCUUGUCCAGCAAGCUGGUGGGGGUACCCAGUCUGCGGUCCUUGUCAGUGCGAUGUAGAAGCAGGAUAUAAUCCAGAUUGUGAUAAAAAUACUGGUAAAUGCCACUGUAGAGAGAAUCAUUACCAACCCAGUGGUACUACCCAGUGUUUUCCAUGUGAUUGUUAUCAUAUUGGAUCUCAUAAUACCCAAUGUGAUCAUGAAACAGGACAAUGCAGAUGCAGAGAAGGCGUUAUUGGACUUAAAUGCGACUCUUGUCCAAAUGCUUAUGCAGAAGUUACUACAAAAGGUUGUGAGGUGAUUUACGAUGGAUGUCCAAAAUCUUCUUCUAAAGGUAUUUGGUGGCCAAGAACCAUUUUCGGCUCCGAUGCAAUUGAAAUAUGUCCAAAGGGCUCCCAUGGAAAGGCUUCUAGAACUUGUGAUAAUGAACUGGGAGGUUGGCAAGAACCUGAUAUGUUUAAUUGUACUUCUGAUCGGUUUUUAGAACUAAGAGAACAAUUAUCAAACCUAGAAAAAGGAGAUCUACAAUUGAACACUUUUGUAUCAAUAAAACUAGCAUAUGAUUUAUAUAAAGCGACAAAUUUAACCAAAAAUUUGUAUGGCGCCGACGUGCUAAUAACAUUUGAAUUACUAGAGCAACUUUUUCUUUACGAGUCAAAAAUGAACGGAUUAAACUUAACACACAGUCAAGACAAAGAUUAUAUUAGAAACAUAGUACAUUCUCUUAGUGUGGUACUGGAAAAAAGAUACGAAUGUCAUUGGAAAAGGAUUAAAGAAUUAACAGGAGAAGGAGUUGAAAAUCUUAUCGAGUUUAUAGAGAAAUAUAUUAAUAUAUUGUCUGUGAGUCAACAUGAUACAUACACGAGUCCUUUUGAAAUGGUUUCAUCUAACGUUGUUAUUGGUUUAGACGUAGUAACACCGGAAUCUCUUUAUGGUUUCGAAUCUGAAUCUCUUCCACCGAUUCCCUCAGUGAAACCAAACUUUACAUCUGAAAGUGUUAUUUUACCAGACACAUCGCUCUUUCUCGAAGAAAGUAGGAACAUACACCCAGAACCAUAUAUUUCCUUCCCAAAGUACAAUAAUUAUUUAUUAGAUGGAUUAAAAUUUGAUCAGCAUACCAAAAUAAUGCUAUCCCUUAACUUAUUGGGGAUAAAACCAAUAGAAUUUGGAGAAAUCAUUACAAAGCAUAGUUUAGCGGAAGAUGGCUCUGUUGUAAGUUACGCCCAGUACCGCCAAAAUGGCGCUUUACAUCCUCAAACUUACGACGAUUCCGUUAUAAGACGAUGGGGUGUAGAUAUAACUAUUGGGUCCCCAUUAGUUUCUGUUAGUGUUUUGGUUCCUGAGUACAUUCACACUGAUCCACCUCCGGAACUCAAAGUGACAUUUCAAGAAGUGAAUCUGCCGAAUCUAAAAUUUGAUACAGAAGAUUAUUGGACAAAAAACGGCUAUAAAAGAAGCGAGGUAGAGGAAAAUGAUGCGGAAUAUUUAAGAAUUAAAAGAGACAAAAUUGCCGAGACAAAACUGAUUUAUAGAAGCUUGAUGGGGAUGCCCCUUACUAGUCCUAUAAGACUGCAAAUGUGGAUGGAUGCCAACAACACUAUACUAAAUGUUAGGUCAAACCCGCAGUGUGUUCACUGGACAAAAGUUAGAGGAUUUGGAGAAUGGUCUCGAGUUGGAUGUAGAACUGAAAUAGCUGAAGACUGGUAUGAAACACCUGAAGACCAGCCAAUCAUGGUUAACUGUAGUUGCAACCAAUUGGGUACAUUUGCCGUGUUAGUUGACAUGGUAGACUUAGAGUACAUUCCUGAACCAUCUCUCUUAGAGGAUGUAUCAAGCUACAGUUGUUUCUCGAUGUCUCUCCCUCUUUUGUUAGGAACAUAUCUUAUUCUGGCAUUAAUAAGAGGUUUACAGACGAACUCAAAUACGAUCAGAAAAAAUUUAGUUUUGUGCGUAUUUUUGGGAGAACUUUUAUAUUUUGUGGCAUUAAAAGCUAGAAGACCGAUGAUUGGAAAUGAGUUCGCCUGUAAACUGGUUGCUAUUGGUCUCCAUUAUUUAUGGCUUGCUUCGUUUUCAUGGAUGCUAGUAGACGCUGUUCACUUAUACAGGAUGCUAACAGAAAUGAGAGACAUAAAUCAUGGCCCUAUGAGGUUCUAUUACAGUAUGGGAUAUGUUGCUCCAGCAGUUGUAGUUAGUUUGGCAGUUGGAGUUAGAGCUCAUCAAUAUGGAAAUUAUUAUUUCUGCUGGGUAUCACUCUACGAAAGUGUAGUAUGGAGCUUGGUAGGACCUAUUUGUCUACUCGUAUUAAUUAAUACAUUUGUACUAGCCUUUUCUGUAAGAGCUGCUUUUACCCUUCAAGAUCAUGUGUUGGGUUUCGGAAAUCUAAGAACGCUUCUCUGGGUUUCUGUGAUAGCGCUUCCAUUAUUGGGUACAACUUGGGUAUUGGCACUUCUGGAUGCUUCAGAGAGACAUCCACUACUGACACCAUUUUUAUCUGUUGCUGUACUGAUACAUGCUGGAUUUUCAUUAGCUGGAUACUGUUUUGCCAAUAAUAGAGUCAGACAAAAUCUCAUAAGGUCUAUAAUGAGAUGCAUGGGUAAAAAGGUGCCACUACUAGAUACACAAUCUGUUAUAGGAGUUCCAAGUACCAGCAGUCAAAACAUUAAUGCUCAAUCGCGGUCUGCUUUAGCUUACCAUUCUGGUGAUCCAGGCAGACGAAACAUUGGCAUAUCUACAUCAAGUACUACAUCGCGCUCCACUACCAAGACAAGUUCUAGUCCCUACAGAAGCGAUAGCCACUUAAGACAUACGUCCACGUCAACGUCAAAUUACAACUCUACUAGUGACGUUCCAUCCUAUAUGAGAGGAUUCGAACACGAGACAGGUUUGCACAGACACCGAGAAGUGCCUGAAGAAGUAGAAGAGAGACGAGAAAGGAGAGAAAGAGAUAGCGAUUCAGAUUCUGAUGGUUCUGAAGGAAGAAGUCUGGAUUUGGCGUCUAGUCAUUCCAGUGAUGAUGAUGAAUCAAGUACUAGGAGGCACAGAACAAGAACUAAUGGAAGACAAGGAUAUCUUCCAAACAUCACCGAACACGUGGUGUCACGUUGUGGUACCCCACCGUCUUUGAAUGUUGUCACCAAUUCUCAGCUUUUCCCAGCUGUUCAACCCAGCUACGGUUCCAGAUGGGCUAGUCAACUACCAGAAUCCUAUCUUCCCAACCAUAACGUUCCUGAGGUAGGACGCUGGUCAGCAGAAACAGGUUCCGAUAACGAAUUCUACCAAAAAAAUGGAUCUCCAAACCCCCUUCCCCAUCCAGAUGUUACUCCAGAAACAAGUGUGCCAGCUCUGCAAUCUGAGCAAUACAUGGUGCGAACUCAUUACAAUAAUUACAACCCCAAGACUCUCGCCUAUAAAGGUGAUUAUUUGCCUAAGGUUAUGCCUCAUGAUAAUAUGAAUUAUCCUGAUUAUGGAGAUAGGGCAUCCGAUAAUGAGGAUAAGCAGCAUAUCAAUGAUAAAUAUCAUUUCCCUUAUACAGCUGAAGAAGACCAUAUAACACCUCACAGUAACUACAUUCAUCCACUUCACCCAGGUAGCCGAGUUAUGUCACCAAUCAUAAACGACGUAAAUAAUCCAGGCAUGGACUAUCACGGAUCUACCGUUGGUUCUCAUCUGGGAUCCAGAAUGGGUUCUGUCCUAGGAUCUGUGCAUGGGUCUAUAUGUGGAAGUAUGAGAGGGUCACCUUCCCCCCUAAUGCCGCCCGUUAUGAUGCAUGGAACUCAUCGUAAUGAAUCGCCCCAUCAGUGGUGUUGGGAAUAUAACAAAUAAUUCUAGUCAAACUAACCAAAGAUGAACUGAAGAUAAGAAUGAAGAAACGUCAGUUUAGAAAUAAGUAUCUCCAUCCUAUGUACAUCAUUUUGUCACAUUUUUGCUCUAAGUUCAAAUAAUAUGCUCAAGAAAAGUUGCAAUAAACAUUUUUUAAGUAAAUUUUAAAAUAACAAUUCAUUUGAGGAUAAAUUUAUUAUUACUAAAACUUUUUUGUGGUAUCUUAAAAAGUAACUAGCAUUAUGAUUAUUUAAAGAUUGUUUCUUGUAACUCUAUUAUUAUUUACUCAUUUAAUUUUCUAUUCAUUAUCAUCGCAAUGCAUAUAUACGCUUCAGAAUAAGUAGACUUAAAAUACACCACUAUAAUACUCAGCUUUAUAUAUAGCAAACAAUAUCACGAAUGAAAAAUAUAAUAUAAAGGUAUAUUCAGUUUUAUGAAUAGAUAUUUGGUCUAGAGAAACAAGUGAAAUAUUUUUUGUUUUUUAAAAUAAAUUACAGGAACCAUGUAAAAAUUAAACAAAAUCAAGACUGUGAAAAUUGUAAACAAUCUAUGCAUUCCGAAUUUAAAAUAAGAAAUAUUUAGCAAUUUGACAAAUAGAUAGUGUACAACACAGAUAUAGAGAAAUAACACAGUUAUUUUUUGAAACCUAAUACACUAACUUAUUUUAAGAUCACGAAUAGCUCAUAUAUACCGAAAUAUAUAUAAUGAUCCCGAUUUUUGAAGAAUGUGCAACUGUAAAAAUUUUAAAUAAAUAUGGAUAAUCAGCGAUAACUGAUAACAAAUUAUAAAAAUACUUUUACAUUUUUAAAUUUGAAUCCUGAAAAAGAUUUUUUACUAAAUUUUUAGUUGCACAUUUUUCAUUAAUAAAAUAUAAAUAAUAUAGAAAAAUAGGAAACUAUUUAUCAGUGCCAUUUUGGUCAUGGGGAAUUCUUCUACGAAAAGCAAAUAUAUGAGUGCUGAAAAAUAUCGAAAAUGUAUGACAAAAUAAAUAGCAAAUUUUUGUUUCUUAAAAAUAAUUAUUAGGUAAUUAAAAUUGAGCGCAUGUGGCUUAACAAAGCCAUCUUCGAAGCCGUCGUCUAUGAUACCUUCCAUAUGGAGAUUAAACAUAGAGUUGUUAACAACAAAUACAAUUGAAAAACAUUUAGGGACGGUUAAGGCACCGAACCCCAAUAAAUCACGUUAAAAGUGAUUAUAUUAAUAGUGAAUGGUACUAAAUUGAAAAAUAAUACAUUUUUCCCUAAACAACAGAUGACAAAUUUGGCAGUGACAGCAGACAUCUAUGUAUACUGUCAACAGCUACAUAUCGUCCCUAUCCAAGCAAAGUAUCGUAUGCGCCAUUUAAGAAAUUUUAUAGGAAACACAAAAAUCUGUUUUUUUCCGCUUUUUUGGAGAUAUUUUAUAUUAUUAUCGAAUGAUGUAUUACUAGAAAUAAUAAGCCAUGAUUUUAGGGGUAAUUGCUAAAAACUUUACUCAUUGGGCUAAAUCAACCAUACUCAACCUUUUUUUCCUUCGGGCCACAUUCGUAUAUGUGCUAUGUUACACGGGCCGCAAUAUUUUUGGAUGAUGACCUUUUUUUUGGACAUCUAUCUAAAAUAGUUAGUGGGGACCUCUAAUAAAUAAAACACAAAACAUAAAUAUAUCCCGUUGUGUUACUGCAAAAACAAGAUAACUCACAUUUUUAGAGUUUCGAUAAAACACUAUUCAAACGUUUAAAACUGAAUAAAAAAAUCAGUAAAAGCUUCAAACCAUUUAUUAACUUCAAUGAAGAAGUUAUUGAAAACAUUGUUCACAAUGUUUAAACUAAUAAUCUAUCAAUAAUUGGUAAAAAAGGAGAGAAAAAACGUCACUUAGCUUAUUUUAGCUCUACAUACAAAUCAUAAUUCAAUGUAUGUUUCACUAUCUUCAGUUGAAGUUUCAGUAACAUUAUUGGAUACAGGUAGAUUGUGAUAAUAAUGGUGAAAUUCAUCAGGCGUAUCUGAUUUUGCAAAAUUUUAGUAAAUCUUUCUUCUUGCACUUUUUGUAAGUAUUUUCAAAACUUUGUUUCAUCCUUUCAUGCAUCCCUCUGAAUAAAUACUGUGCGAGUUUGGCAUAUAAAGCCGAACUCCCCACCCUCGCCCAUUGAUAAAUUAAAUAUAUUUUUCUGGUGCAAUGUAUUUAGGAUAGCUGAAUCUUUCGAUACGUUGUCUAUUAGAAAGUAUGGUUAAAAUUCAAAUUCGCCUGUUACCACUAAUACUUUUAUUUACGAAUUCGCUCGUUGCGGCUUGACGAAUCACUCGUUACAUCUUGACCAAUCACUUAUUUACCACGGAGAUUCGAACACCACGUGUUAUUACUUAGUGGUUGUUUAAGGUUAGCUGUAUCGCGGAAAGAAAGGGUGACGUAAUCAUCUCGUGGAUUUCGGAACAAUCGAGAAAGGCCAGAGACGGCUCUAGUCAUAACAAAACAAAUGGCGUGUGCACAAUGUUGUAAUAUUUCAACAAACACAUUCAACAAAAAUAAGUAGCGGCAAACCACUCCCAAAAUACUGGUACGUUUUCACUGGAAAUCACCGAAUCACUACACAUUUUCUCGAAAAUUCCAAAAUCAUCAUCUAAAAUCAUGCUCGAAAUUAAUUCGUCGCUCACAACCCGAAAUGGCGAGAAAAAAGAUCAUCGUAUAAAAUUAAGGUGGAUUUUCAGUAAAAUCACCUAAAUUACAUAAUUUAUUUUAAAGUUAUAUCCGAAAUACAGGUACGUUUUGACUUUAUUGGUUUCCCCUCGGUUCUGGCCUUUAUCUUGUUUUGGUAGGAACACUAUUAAGAAUCAGACUAAAUAUAUUUAGCAAAAAUAAGUUAUAUGCCUAUUAUCUGGUUUUGGUAGACACAUUUAUCAAUUGAACACAAUGUUAUGAUUAUUUUUUGGUAUAAAUGCCACUCCAUCCUGUUUGUCCAUAUUGUUAAAGUGUUAAUAAUGAGUUAGUUUUUAUUGGCUUUCUGUUUAUCAUGAAUAUAGACUUCUUUCACACUUGUAGAAAGUGUACCUACCUACUUAACUCAAAAAUUCCAAAAGUGGAGCUAUUUUGUUUUUGCAGUAACCUUACAAAAUUCCAAACGUUUAUUUAAAAAUUAGCAUGCAAUUUAGCGCUGCCACUAAUAAUAGUGUUGUGGGCCACAAAAAAAGCUUGAAAGGCCGCAUGCUGCCCGCGGGCCGCAGGUUGAGUAUGGCUGGGCUAAAUAAAGGUCGCUUAAGAUAUUUCAUAAAGACAUUUUAAGUAUUCCUUUUUUUUAAUUUUUAAUGUUACUUUGAUUAUAUUAUUUAACUACCGACGCUCGUUAAAGACUGACGCUAUAACGUCGAAAAAAUCGUAAGCGAUAGGCAUAUACGUUAAUUUAUACGAAUAAAACAGGCAGUUGCGAUAUUUAAUAACCUUAAAUUGCCGCUAAAAUUAACAACCUAAACAAAAAAUAUAUCAUAAGCGACGGGUGGAUACAAUAUUUAUAUUGAACAUUGUUGGCCCCAAGGUGGUACAAUCCAUGCUUUGUUUAAAAGGUUUUAGAAAUUUAGCUAUAGAAUAAACCAUAAGAGAGAUAAGGUUACGAUAUUUUAAGAAGACUAUGGUAGAUACAAAGUGCAUGACAAAUGUUGAUAAUAUUAUAGCUUGCGAUAUUUUAUGAUUUGUGGGCGUAUACGAUGGAAAAAUUUUAAAUAGAAAUUUGAUGUUUUAUGAGUUUUGUAGCAUACGAUAUUUUUUUAAUCGAUAUAUCUUACUUAGACGAUUUGGGCAACACCAAAAUCCCAGUUUCGCAAAAAAUGUCUUACGAUACUUUGCCUGGACAGGCACGAUAUAUAUGUCUGCUGUCAACUGUCAAAUUUAGAUAUGCUUGUCACCUGAUGUACCGGAAAACAUGUAUUAUUUUUACAAUUUAGUAUAAUUCACUAUUAAUGUUAUAAUUUUAACAUGAUUUAUUGGGGUUCGAUGUAUUUACCGCCCCUAAAUGUUUUUCAGUUGUAUUUGUUGUUAACAACUCUAUGUUUAUUCUAAUUGACUCCAUAUGGAAGGUAUCAUAGACGACGGCUUUGAAGAUGGCUUUGCUAAGCCGAAAGCGGUCAGCCUAAUAUUCAAUAAAAAUUUUAAAUUUUUCACAAACUUAAGUACUUAUUUCACUUACAUUUCACUAGUAGCGUGUAUACCUCUGUCUCCUUAUUUUUUAAAAUAAUAAUUAACCAAAUAUUAUAAAAUGUCAAGCAAUUUCUAAAUGUCAAAAGAGUAGACUCUCAUUUUCCUUAUUUUUUUUUUUUUUUUUUUUUAAUAAUUAACCAAAGUAAUACAAAAUGUCAAGCAAUUUCUAAAUGUCAAAAGUGUGUUAUUUACAACGGCAACUUAGUGACAGUAUUUAAAAAUUGUAUAGCAGCAAUUUUAAAGAAAUAUUAUAUAUUGUUUUAAUUAUGCUUUAAAAUUAAGUGAUUGUGAAUAAAACAGUAUAUAAACCUUAGCGAAAAUUAUCAUCCCGAUCUCGUUCUAUAGCUCAUCUUUGAACUAUAUUAGUCCUUGAUAGUAAUGCAUUUCCCGUCUCGGUAUGUAAUUUACUCUUCUUUGAAUCGGGUAUAAUUUAAAAAAUAGAAUGAAACCUAUGUUUAUAUGUAAAGAUUAUCAAUUUAUCAAAAAAGAAGAAUUCCCCAUUGUCAAUAUUUUGCUCAAUAUUUAUUAUUUCUAUCUGCCAAGCCAAAUAAGCUAAAAAAUCUUAUAAGAUUGGGUUAGUACCAGAGUAAAAAAUAUGAUUUUUUUUAACAUUUUUAACCUUCUCUGUUCUACAUGUUUUUUAUUUAUUUAGGUAUUGUUUUUAUGGGAGUAUGUACAUUCUUCGAAAAAUAAAUAUUCUUAUGUAAUGUUAAGGGGAAAGAAAAGAAAGUGUUUAUCACAUAUUUACAGCAAAUAUUUUUGAUUUCUUUUUUAAAAUUUUAUUACCAACUAAUUUAAAACUCGAUAGUAUUUUAUUUUUAAAUAAACCACCUGAGCCUUUAAUGUUGAACACUUAUCUAGAGAAAAUAGUUUAAAGUUUCAUGAAUAAAAAUGAAUAAUACUAGUACCUUUAAAAAAUAUUUUUGCCUUAUUGUGCAAAAAAAUUAUCUGAGGUAUUGUACAAUAUGACGUUUGUACCAAAUGUCGGCUUUCUUUCAAAUAAAAAAUAAAUAAAACUAAUUAUGAUUUACCUACGUGUCUAUAUAGUUAAAAUAAGUAUAUAGGUACCUAUACUAAUAUUUAUGAAAUGAUAAAAAUAUCCUCCCGAAAUAAAUGCUUUCAAAAAAGAAAUAUCUUUUAUUUAAUUUCAUUGCAUAUUUAAAUUCACAAAUAGAUAUUACGAAAGAAAGAUUACACUUGAUACAAUUCGCCCUUACUGUAAAUUUAAAAGAGUGAAUUUUGUAUAGUGCUUUAAUUUUUUUAGUAGAAUAUGUAGCAAAACAGAGGAAAAAAGACUUUGAAAUAUUUACGUGCCCUUUAUUUAUUUUUGCCUAAUAUGGAAACAUAUUUUUUGUAAAAUUUGUAAAAACAUGUGCCUAAAAAGCUUUUUAAGAUAUUAAAAUUACCUUAAUAUUUUGUAUAAAAUCAAAAUUUGUGUCAGGAAAAGAGAUAGACUUAGAAGAUAUUUUAUAAGAUCUCAAUAUUUAAUGUAGUUUUACAAGUUUUUUGUUUUUUUCUGUGACUUGAAACGUACUGUAUUUAAUAGUUUUACCUAUAUAUUUAGUUAGUGCAAUUUUUAUACAUUCCAAUUUUUCCAGGUUGUACUUAAAGUAUAUUGUGAUUUUUUUUUAAUAAAGACCUACGUUAUUUAAAUUAAUUAAAAUUUUUAUUUAACCUAUAAAUAAGAUAUUGCAUGGUUUUUCAAUGGAAUUCAAACCAUGAAGACCAGAAAUGUUACCCCCUCCUGUAAACCCCGUUAUUUAAAACAAGGUGAAAGACGCUCAAACCCAGAGAGAGACAGUGAUUAAAAUCUCAUAGCCAUGUGUCAAAUAUACAACUGACCGUUCCUAUCCUGAAAACAACUACUCCUU